GUGUGAGUCACGCGAUAAGUAAAGGAAGUAGGUAUGUGGCAAGCUGAAAUGAAAAACAAUCUUAUUUCAAAAGAAAGAUAAUGGAGGCUUGUGGAUUAGGUAUUUUAUGUUGCUUAAGACGGUAUCAUCAACCCAGAACCCCACAGCCAAAAGAGGUCUCCCAAGUCCAGCUAGAUACCGGCCAAAUGGGUCAGUGAGCAAAUUACAACCUGAAUUAGUUUGUGUAUUUUUCACGCUUAACUUAUUCAUCGCUUCAAUAAUUUCAUACAUGUAUGUCGGUGUUUACCUGGAUGAGAGAGACCCCUUUAUAUUUCAGGAAAUGAGGUCGUUAUUGUGAAAUCUGGGAAGAGGAUCUGCGGAUCAGGAGCUGCUUUGGCGAAUGCAGCUAUCGUUCAAAAUAAAUGCUACUUUGAAAUGAAGAUACAAUCUGGAGGUAAGCAUUAAUUGUAAAGAAUGAUAACAGGGUUUAAUUCCUAACUCUUUCUGUCGAGUUUGUACUGUAUAUGUAAGUAUUAUGUUGAUGAGAAAAAGUUUUAUGAGUGGUUUAUCACUGACUAUUUACACUGAAUCAAAAGAUUUGAGUAGAAAACCAAGAAACUGUCACUGAAUUCCACUUGGCAAGUACCCUUUCACUUAGUUACUAUGCAGCUACCCGUCCCCUAAGCCAAUGCUAUUACACUAACUUCUCACUUAAGACAGAUUACUGGUUUGGGGGAGGGGUAGGUGGGCAAAUGCCAGAAUAUUAUACAGUUAAACCUCCAUCAAACAGCCACCCCAAGGGUACCGGCAAGUUGCCAUUUAAUGAAGGUUGGCCACCCAAUAGAGGUUUGUCAUAAAUUAGCAUAGCAAGAAUAUUACUUUAUUUAGCGACAAACAGUGGCAUUACUGGACCACAAUCAUUCAACACCUUCUAUCUCGGACUGUACGUGUAUUUCCCUCAUCAUAUUUUUAAAAUAAAGCCAAACUAAGGCCUGGUUCAGACGCCGUACUUUUCAUGAGCCGAACCUAAUACAUUAAAUUAAGUACAUGAAAAGUUUGGCAUCUGAAUCAAUUAGGAACGCCUGUUUCAAUUUGGAACAGCUCAGCCAUUCUUUUCACCUAACCCGGCUGAGAAUUUUGCCUUUGGAUCGACUUUGGAACGCCUUUGAUUCAGACGCCGAACUUUUCACGUACCGAACCAAAUGCAGAAAUUCUUAUAAUGUAUUUUGUAAGCAGUUUGACCGAAACGCGCAUUUUUCGCCUCCUGAACUUAGUUCGGCUGGAGUUAAGAUAAACGUCUGAAUCACUUGAGCUGGUCUAAAUAAUUUGGGUCGGCCUUAAUUUGAAUUAGGUUCGGCUCAUGAAAAGUUUGGCAUCUGACCCAGGCCUAACUGUAUCAAAUGCUUGAUUGCGGCUUAAUAGACGUGACGAUACCAGGAGAACUCUCAUCAGGAUAACCAAAAGGUGGCCGCAGCCUCUUGUUGGAGGUGGCCUCAUUUACAAUGAUUUCAAUUUUCCGCAUUUUUUUGAGACAUUGAUUACUGGCUGACUGAUUAGGUGACCCUUUAUUGGAGGUUCAACUGCAGACAUGUGACUUGACUUACUGUACUCACCCACCCUCUCUGGCUGUUCACUUGACAGGCGCAUGGGGGGUAGGACUAGCCACAAAAAAAUGUGACUUGAACAAGAUACCUUUAGGGAACAAUUCUGAGAGCUGGGUUUUAAGAUCUGAUGGUACUGUUGCACACAAUGGAAUUGUGCGACACAGGCUCAGAGAAGUGCCAGAGGAAGGAGAUAUGAUAGUAAGUGAUCUUCCUAAUUGACUGUGCCAGUUACAUUAAUUGUACAUGUACCUUUUUGGCGCAUUUGACAUUAUGACAUGCGUACCAAAUUGUUGGAGAAUCUAAUAUACAGAAACAUUCCCAUUCAGAUAUAUGCAGGGAAUUUAUGUUGUGGUUCAAUUUUGUCCUUGGUUUAAAUUUUAUUUUCCUUUGUUUUUGGGUCUGGUAAUAGAUGAUAAUGGGUUUGAAACAAAGGAAAAUAAAAUUUGAACCUAGGAUAAAAUUGAACCACAACAUAUUCUUGUCAAAUCUGGAUCCUCCCCCUUAAAAACCAUCUUAGAAGGGUACAGAGGGGGAGAUUAGAGACCACAUUAUAGUGUUUAUAUAUGCAUGUCAAAGGAACACUGGUUUUAAGGCUGUCACUAACAGCCUAACAUGAUUUCUGGCUGAACCUAAAAUCUUCCUAGGGGUUCAUUUUCCACCCUACUAAUUGCCCUUUCCUGACAACUAGAAAUUGUGGUGACAACCUUGCUGAAAUGGUGAAUACCUUAUUAUAGGAAAUUAACGCGAAUCAUUAAAAUUUGUGUUAAUUUAAGCCGCGUUAAUUUUGUUGAGCAUUAAUUUCCGUGACGUUAAUUAAGUGCAGCGUUAAUUUCCGCGCUCUUAAUUUCCAGUAUUUUAACCCCAAGUUUGGAACCUGUCCAGACAAUCUUGACACCUAAAAAACAUUAACUACAAGCUUUCUCUCUUUCCAUUUACCCUUUAUUUUUCAUCUUUCACAAAAGCUAAGGCGAAUGUUUACAAUAUUUCGAGUUCAUCUUCAUCAUUGUCGCUGUCAGAAGUGAUGUCAGUAUCUUCUCCUUUGAUUUCGGCCACCCACUGUGUCUUAAUCGCGUUAAUUUCCUUUAUUAUGAAAUUCUACCUCCUCUUUCGUGUUAAUUUUCUUUAUUGGAAAGUCGUUUUCCAUUAAAUUCGCGUUAAUUUAAGUCGCGUUAUUUUCCAAUACUUUAAUUUCAUGGAGCGUUAAUUCCCUAUAAUAAGGUAAUGAUCUGAUGACAAUAGGCCACUUGCACCAAGAGGUCAUGUGACCAAUGCUUCCUUUAAACAAUGAGUUGGAAUCUUGCUGAUGCCAAAAAUUGACAGACCACAUAAAACUUAUCUUUCACCCAAAAUUUGAGAGGAAAUGCAUUUAAGGGAGACAUUUUAUGGCACUUUGAUUUUUCAACAAAGUAGAAUGAUUUGUAUUGGCCACCAUGUUGGAGGGCUAGAGUUUGCCCUCCAACAUGGCGGCCAAAACUGCUUUUUGGUUAUAUCUUGUUAAACAUUUGAUAGUUACGCUCAGAUGUGCUGGAAACAUUAUCAUGUCAUCUUUUCAACAUUUCCCUUGAAGUUUAAGUGCAAAAUUUGAGUUCAGAACGAUGUAAUUCAAAAUUUUAAAAAUCAUAUUUUUGGUGAAGUGACCAGCGGCGAACUUACUCAUUUCAAGAAAAUGGUGCAGGUUCAAAAAACCAAAUCACUAUUAUAGUGUUUAAGAUAUGACCAGCUACUAAUCGUUUUUCGAAGGCAAAAUCAUAACUUUAAUUUUCAUAAAAACGGUGUCACGUGACCUCCUAGUGCAAAUGACCUAUAGGAAUUUGCUUCUGCUAUGUGAAAAAAUUAUGAUCAAACUCUUAUCUUUUUGUUUUGUUUCUAGGCCUGCACCUAUGACCAUGUUGAACUGAAUUUCUACCUCAAUGGAAAACACUUGCAUUGUCCUUUGACAGGAAUGAAGGGAACAGUUUACCCAGUUUUUUAUGGUUGGUAGAAUUCCAAUUUGAGGAUAAAUAAAUCUUUCAAUGUCUUGUAUUUCCUCAGGCCUACAUUCCCAUGUGAAAAGUAUGGGGAAAUGUAUGUCAGAAACAAAAAUAAAAUUGAAGUUAAAGGAGAGCAAUCUGGGUAUGGCUCAGUCUCCUAGGAAAGACCUAUAACAAACGGCCACUUAUGCCAUUCUGUGUGCAUCCAUUUGUUGAUUUAAUAGUCCUAACUAUAACUCUAUAUGCCUUUCUCUUCCUCACAUAUCAUGAGUUAUACUCAAAAUAACCAUCUGGGAUUUGAUUUUGUGACUGUGACAAUAGAUGGAUUGAAACGCACCGAUGACAUGUUGAGUCUUCAUAGCCAACAACAUCACAGCUUGCUGACAGAUGACCAUAACAUUGUGACUUAAUUGACCAAUCAGGUCAAUAACCAGAGUUUAAUACCAUCAACUAAUGUCAUACAACUCACUUUGACUGUGAAGAUGAUUACUGCACAGGUUGUCUAAACGUCAGUCACCAACAUCAACAGUCUUAUUCAAGACUUAAGAUCAUGCCAAAGCUACUUAUGGAUUUGUUUUUUUUUCUUUCAGUUGAUGAUGGAUCAAUCAUUGAUGUUAAUUUCACAGAUUUUGUCUAUCAUGCUCCCGAAGGAUUUCAGAAGAUUAUGUUUGAGAAAAAUCUUUUAUGA